AUGGAUUCCUCCCCCCAAUUCUCAUUUAAAUUAAAUUUUGAUGGGGAUGCUAAGGGUAAUCCGGGCAAGUCGGGGAUUGGGGUGGUCCUCUUUGAUCAUAAUACUAUGAUUGUUAAAGCUGUGGGUAAAUUUAUUGGCGUUGGCUCUAACAAUUCUGCUGAAUUUCAGACAUUAUCUUUUGGUCUUGAUCUUGCCAUCUCUUUGGGCAUCAAGGAUAUUAUCAUUGAAGGGGAUUCAAUGUUGGUCUUUCAGUCAGUCUCUACUAAGAAAUGUGCUUCCUGGCAUUUACAGUACUUGUUAGAUCGAAUUCUUGCACAAUUGAAGUGUUUUUCUACCUUUACUAUAUCACAUUGUUAUAGGGAAAUAAAUGUUAUUGCAGAUUAUUUGGCUAACAGGGCUGUUGUUGAAAGUGCUGAGUAUCUGGAAGUCCCCCCUUGGGAUAUUCCUACUUCUUGCAUUAGUAUCCUUUAUUAA